AGUCACAGUGGUUGAUCUGAAAUCCGUAUCAACAGAUAAAAAAUGUGAAGGACCGACACAACAGUAUAAAAUUAAAAAUUAUUUGUUUUUUGUUUAUAUUGUAUCGCUUCAGUAAAAGUGCACUUCAGAUGCUCUUUGUUACAUUUGUCAUGUUUUUACACCUGCACUUUAACCUCGUGUUACCACGGCAACGGCAACGCGUCACACACAGGACUCCACCACACACACACGCCGGUGAUUCGGUUUCCGGUUCGGGUCUUUCUCCUGCAAAGAAGGGCUUCAUGGCAGUAAAGAGGAUAUUUAAAGACUGAAAUGCCAAAUCCCGUGGACUGUCUUUCGGUGUCCGGUACUCUCAUUUUAACUGGAAAAAUCGGUGCAAGUGGAGUCAGCGGCGCGUGGAGUGGAUCGUACUGAGAGCUGCUGCAGCCAGUCAAGUCUUCUUAGCGGAGUCAAAAUGGCGUCUGCGUGCCCACUCAGCGCUCGUCUAAUCCGUUUGUGAUUAUUAGCGUGACAGCUCCAUACAUCCACCCUUGACUCGUUUCUACCGUUUCGGUUUCAAGCACUGAGUGCUUUUUAAAAAAUAUUUUGUAGCGCCAUGUCGGACUCCGAGGAGGAGAGCCAGGACAAGCAGCUAAAAAUCGUAGUUGUGGGAGACGGAGCGAGUGGGAAGACAUCACUCGCCACCAGAUUUGCACAGGAGGCCUUUGGGAAGCAGUACAAACAAACCAUUGGUCUGGAUUUCUUUCUGAAGAGAAUUAGCCUUCCAGGCAAUUUGAACGUCACCCUGCAGGUGUGGGACAUAGGAGGCCAAACAUUAGGAGGGAAAAUGCUGGAUAAAUACGUAUAUGGAGCUCAUGGGGUUCUACUGGUAUACGAUAUCACCAACUACCAGAGCUUCGAGAAUCUAGAGGAUUGGUUUAGCAUGGUCAAGAAGGCCAACGAGGAGUCUGAUAUUCAGCCAGUUAUCUCAUUGGUAGGCAACAAAAUCGACCUGGAGCACAUGAGGACAGUGAAGUCUGAUAAACACCAGCGCUUCUGCCAAGAGAACGGCCUCAUCAGUCAGUUCGUAUCGGCCAAGACAGGGGACUCGAGAUUGGCUGCUGAGAUUCUGGGUGUAAAACUAAACAAAGCAGAGCUAGAGCAGUCACAGCGUGUGGUGAAGGCGGACAUUGUGAACUACAGUCAGGACACUGUAGCCAGGACAGUCAACCCCCCUCGCAGCUCCAUGUGUGUGGUGCAGUGAUCCCCUCUGAAACACACAAACACAGACACAGACACACACACACGCACACACACACACACACACACACACACACACACACACACACACACACACACACACACACACACACGCACAAAGCUUGUUUACAGUGUUACUCUUUCCAGGUUUUUUUGAUGACUGGAUGAAAAGUGUUUCGCUUUGUGGGUGAGGAGAACAGACUGUGCGGUUUCGAGGCCUUGGCCUGUAGUUCAGAUAUUUAGCAUGAAUGAUUUCAUUGGUGGUUCACCAAAAAGGAUAUGGGACCUCACUUUUCUUUUUUUCUUUUUUUCAAGUUUACACGCAGCUAUUCUUUCAUUUCAUCUUAGAUUUAUAUUUAAAAAUGACUCUUACAUCCAUUACUAGCUCUAUGUUAGUGCAAAGCUGGUUAUUCAGUCUGCUAGUUGAGAAUAUUUUUAUACAUAUUUUCUUCUACCAUUGCUGUAAGAGACGUUUGUUUAAACAGUAACACCUGUUUAAUCUGUGGCUGUAACUACGACUGCAGGGUGGAUUCAAGGAAAAGGUCCACGGGACAUAAACGGGGAAGAUGAAAGGAAAUGCGAUUUUCUGAUUUUGUUUUAUGCCUGUGGUGCUCAUCAGUUGAACAGAGGGGAAGUAGGUGUAAAAAAUGUUUUAGCGAGUGGAGUGAAAUGAAUCUCUGCUUAAUUUUUGCCAAGUAAGGGCCUCCGCUAGCAGUAAUGUGAUGUGAACUACCGUAUGUUUUGUUAUUUUUGCAUAGACAUAUUUAAAUUUUCAGUCUUAAAUUAGGAUUUACAUUUCCCACUCUUUAUUCUUCAGGAAACAAACGAACAUACAAAUGAUUUCCCUCUGUUUAAAUAGCGUCUUUUCUCCAGGUGUUCCUUGUAGAGUAUAUUAUCCAUUUUGAAAAUAUAGUUUUAUAUUUAUGACUACAACUCAUGUAAUUUUGUUAGAUGCUCCUUUGGUAAAGUGUUAAUGACAUUAGAUGAAUGUGACUGAAGAGGUUCUGAGUAUGAAGUUGAGCAUCAGCUAAGCUAAAAUAUACAUUUUUAUUAGAUUUCUCUACAUAGCCUUUUUCGACUGUCCGUUACAGAACACAGGUUUGAAUUGGAGAAUGACUUUGAUGCACAACAACCUGUUCUUUAGUUUCCGUGUCUGAGAUACUACCAGAUUUCUUUAAGUGGUCACAACUAAACAGCCAUCAUUUGUGUAAUAUGUGUAUUUGUAUAUGAAAAGCUAUCCCUGCUCCAUUUCAAAGCAGCUUUCAAUGAUUAGAAAUCAUCACAAGGCAUCAUUGUAAAUUCUGAUCAUGCUAAGAAGAUGUACUCUUUAGAAAUGAAAAAAAUGUACAGUUAAAAGUGAAUGUUUAGAUAUACAGUGACACAUAUUUGUGUUUUUAAAUAAAUGCUACAUGGAAAAAGAAA